CAACAGCGGGAGGUCCUCUGGUCACAUACAGCUAAUACAGCUACUAAAAACAGAUAAACAACAAGGCUGUCAUGCAGUGCUCUCCCUGCAAACUGCGUACCCACCAGUGGUGUUUCCUCCUCUUCAAUGUGCUACUCUUCCAUGCCCUGUUGUUUGGGGCAGACUUUGUCGAGGAGUACCUCCUGCAGCCCACACCUGGGGUCUACACUGAUGGCACGGUUGCUGAUGUAAGAGAGAAAGCAAGGAAACUUGACCUGAGCAACGCCAGGGAGAAUGUGUCCCAUGCCUACCCCAUUGCUAACCCUGAUGCCUGCAGAAACUCGGACCUCUUCCUCCUCACUCUAGUCUUCAGCUCCACAGCUAAUAUCACCCAAAGAGAUGCAGUCAGGAGGACAUGGGCCAACCAAACAUUCGUCCAAGGCUUCCCAGUGCGGAUACUGUUCUUCUUAGGAUCAACUCAGACUUCCGAUGCACAAAAGGCCCUCAUGAUAGAGUCUGACCGAUAUGGGGACAUGGUCCAGGGUCAUGCUGUGACUGACUCAUCCCUCCGUGGGCCAACAGAAAAGACAGUGCUGGCACUUCGCUGGGUGAUCACCUUCUGUCCCAUGGCACGCUUUGUUCUGCUGACCAAGGACUCUGUGUUUGUCAACCUCCCUGCCAUCGGAGGCUACCUACUCGGGCUGCACAGGCACCCAGAGGAUCUUUAUCUAGGUAGGGUGAUCCAGAGGGACUCCCCUGACAGGGACCCCAACAGUCCUGGCUACCUGCUCCCGGCUCUGUACCCUGACAAGUACCUGCCUGAAUACUGUGAUGGGACGAGUUAUGUUCUGUCCCAGGAUGUGGUCCGAAAAGUGUAUGUAGUGUCUGCAGAAGUCCGGGCACCUUUGCCAGCUGAUGUUUUUGUGGGCAUUUGUGCUCAGAAGGCUGGUGUGGCACCUACCCACAGUGCCAGGUUCUCAGGGGAGAAACAUAUCCGCUACAACGCCUGCUGUUAUCGCUAUCUGUUUAGCUCAGCAGGAAUGAGAAGCCAUGAACUAGAUAUAGUGUGGGCAGACCUGGGACAGAGAGGUGGAAGAUGCUCACUGUUAAAGACGUACUACGGCCUGGUGACCUGCAAGGCCCUCACAUACCUGGAUAAACUGUCCUUCUUCAACUCCCAGAGUCAAGCUGAAUCACAUGAUUAAUUGACAGAGUUUGUGAUUAGUUCAUGUGUGUGUGCUUGUGAGUGAAAGAGAAAAAGAGACUGACGGAAAGUGGGGUUUGAAGUAUGCACCAGUGUUCACAUUUCCCUGUCAAUAUGGUUGAAAGAAAUCUGUGUUAAUUUCUUCAUACGACAGCUAAGAUCACUAUCAUGACUAAAGGAAACAUAAAACUUGGAACACUGUAAUGUAUAUACACAUUAACAGAUUUUGAAAAUAAAAGUACUGUGCAAAUUUAA